UCAUACGAUCAAUCAGUGUCGCUUAUAAUUUGCUCUUUUUCUAGACCCUUAAGAUCCGGAGGGGAGGCGUUCGAGCCUUCCGUUCUUCAGGUCUUUGUGGCAAUCAGCCAUCAUGUGCUAGCAACUUGGCUACUUUUCUUCUGUAAAGACGAGGAGGAGGAGGAAGAGUUGUGGGAGAAGGGGGGGGGGAAGUCGAGAGAGAAGGGUGGGAGACGAAAUGAGGCGGGGCCUCAAACGCACGUCGGUCGGGUUGGAGUGUUCAGGUCGGGAUCAGCCUGGGGUACCUUGCGCAUCUAGACGAUGCGACGAGAUGAUGGCCAGCAGAGCGGCAUUGAGGUGAAUAGAUGGGACGUCAACACGUCGAACGAACAGCGGUCUUCUUUCCUUGGAUAAGGUUUGAAUAAGAUCGGAUAAGUUUUUUUUUCACAAGGAAAAGGGUAAAAAAAAAAAAAAAAAAAAAAAAAAAAGAAGAUCGGAUAAAAGGGUGGAUUCUGCAAUACAGGAGGCAGGAUGAGCUUUGGAGGAUAAAGGGAUGAAGAAAGAAGGGUCAAGAAGUUGGAGGAGAAACCUUAAACCCAGGAAAAGGGAGAGGGGGGGAGUGUAGUAAGGCGAGAGAGGGAGAGAGAGGUGAGAGUUGGGAGAGGAGCGGUGAGUGGGGGGUGGACGUACCUACCAUGGUCGCCGUGUCGUUCUGUACGGAUCUGGCUGCUGCUGCUGCUGCUGCUGCUGCUCAGGACGUACCUGAGAAUCACCUAUCUAUAGGUUCAUCGGGAUCGCGACAAUCAUCAUCAAGGAAGACGACAGCCAUGGCCGGGACCGUGAGAGGUCAUCUGCUUGCGCGGUCCUGUUCCAAGGCCAGCACCUUGGUCCUCUCUUCCCUCCGAGAGGGUUUGCCAACCUCGUCUUCCUCAUACUCGUCGGGGGUGGCUGCCAAACGGUGGUGUGAGAGAGGAGGAGGAGGGGGAGGAGGAGGAGGUAGUAGUGCUGGCGGCGGAGGUAUGAUUUGGCGGCGAUGGAAUCGUCGCAGGAAAGCACCGUCAACUCUCGGUGAAGAUUCUUCUGGGGAUGGCAAUUUGGCGCGCAGUGAGUGGGUGGUUUUGCUGCGUUCGAGGCGAGCGGGGGCCGGCGGUCGGGGGGGGGUAAGCUCACCAUCGACGGCAUCUUCUUCUUCUUCUUCUUCUGCUUCUUCUUCUUCUUCUUCUUCGGCUUCUUUGGCUUCUUUGAAUUUCAGUAAGUGUUUGGAUGGCGUGGCUAGGCGGCGAGCGUUGUGCGUGGAGGAUGGGGGGAGCUAUGGUAGGGAUGGGAAGGCUGUGCUUGGCGCGAUUUGCUGCCACCGAAGGUUGAUGAUUAGAGGAGGAGGAGGAGGAGGAGGAACAUCGAAGGGGGGAAGAUCCCUCCCCUCCUCCUCCCCUCGUUCCUCCUCCUCCGCUGCCUAUUCAUACUUAUCGCCGAACGAAAGCCGGAGCGUGUUCUCAUCAUGGGCAUGGCUAUCUUCUUCGAUCGAGAGAAAGGGAGGAGGAGGGAGAGUGGGAGGGGAGAAGGGUGAUGGCGGUGGCGGUGGCGAUGGCGGACCUCCGCGUUCGGCGGCGGCGCCGCCGCCGCCGUCCCCGGCGGACGUCCUCAGGCGAAAUAAUGCAGCAGCGUCUUCGAUGAUAGGAGGAGGAGAGUUAGGGAACUUAGUUAAUCAUACCCAAAAUGCCCGAGGAGGAUGGGGGAGCACUGCGGAGAGAACCUCCUCCUCAUCUUCUCGACGAGGAGACGUAUCCGCCGCCGCCGCUGCCACAUCUGCCGGAGGAGGUACGGCCGAAGAAGGUGAUGACAGCGACGAUCGCGAUCCCAGCGGGGAAGUAUUGGACUCUAUUAUGACGGCGGCGGCUAAGGAGCAAUCAACAACUGCAGAGGAUGAGUCCGAGGAGGACUUGGACUCGACACCAUCAUCGUCGCCCUCCUCCUCUUCAGCCGAAGGAGCAAUUGGGCUCUAUUUACCAAACGAACAGCAAAUAGAAGACGGGGUACAGCAAAAAGAGGCAAUGAUGACGGAAGGUGAAGGAGAAGGAGGAGAAAGAGGACAAAGAGGAGGAGGAGGAGCAGGAGGAGGAGGAGGAAGAGGAGGAGGAGGAGAAUCCAGCCGUGUUGUCCCGGUCGAGCUUCACAAAGAAGUUACAGAGUCUUAUCUGUCGUACGCGAUGUCGGUGAUCGUCGGUCGUGCUCUACCUGAUGUCAGAGAUGGCUUGAAGCCAGUCCAUCGUCGUAUUCUCUUCUCGAUGAAAGAGUUAGGUUUGUCGUCUUCCAAACCCUUCCGCAAGUGCGCGCGCGUCGUCGGAGACGUUUUAGGAAAGUAUCAUCCUCACGGCGACAGCGCUGUGUACGAUGCGUUGGUCCGCAUGGCGCAAGACUUCUCCCUCCGCUCGCCCCUUGUUAACGGUCACGGCAAUUUUGGCUCCAUCGAUGCCGACCCUCCCGCCGCCAUGCGGUACACUGAGUGCAGGUUGACCUCCCUCGCGGAGUCAAUGCUUCUCUCGGAUCUAGAUAUGGAUACCGUUGACUUUUUCCCGAAUUUCGACGACUCGCAGACAGAGCCGAGCGUCCUCCCCUCCCGGCUUCCCCAUCUACUAAUCAACGGAUCGCAGGGGAUCGCGGUCGGGAUGGCGACCAACAUUCCGCCGCACAACUUGGGAGAGGUGGUGGAUGCUCUCUGUGCUCUCAUUCGUAAUCCGAACGCGAGCGUGCAGGAGCUGAUGGAACACCUCCCAGGACCCGAUUUCCCGACCGGCGGUCAGAUCUUGGGCCUCGACGGACUGGUCGCCGCUUAUCAGACCGGUCGGGGGCGGCUGGUCGUCCGAGGCACCGCUACCAUCGAGCAGCAGAAGACCGGUAGUAACCACACCAGCACCCGCCAUGUCAUCGUCAUUUCCGAGGUGCCUUAUCAGACGAACAAGGCGAUGCUGGUCGAGAGGAUCGCCGAUCUGGUGAACGAGAAGGCUUUGGAGGGGGUGAGCGAUGUGAGGGACGAGAGCGACCGGUCGGGCAUGCGUGUGGUGGUCGAAGUCAAACGCGGCGCCAUCCCGGCGGUCGUUCUGAACAACCUUUACAAGCAGACCAAUCUGCAAACGAGAUUCAGCUGCAAUUGCGUAGCGUUAGUCGACGGCGAACCGCGAGUUUUAGGGUUGAAGGAUUGCUUGGCGGCGUUCUUGGAGUUCAGAUGCAAGACGAUCGAGCGGCGCACGGCAUUCGAUCUCCGGAAGGCGGAGGAGAGGCAGCAUAUCGUGGCAGGCUUGGUAAUUGCGUUGGAGAGAAUGGGAGAGGUGGUGGGUACCAUCCGAGGGGCGAGCGAUUCGCGGGACGCGUUGGGGAAGCUUCAGCGAGAGUUCGGUCUGAGCGCGACGCAGGCUGAAGGAGUGUUGGGCAUGCCGCUGAGGCGACUGACCUCGCUAGAGCGGGGAAAGCUCGUCGAAGAGCAGGUCGAUCUGACGGCUAAGAUCUCAGGUCUUCGGGAGUUGUUGAUGAGCAGGAAGAAGGUUCUGGAGAUGGUGGAGAAGGAGGCGAAGGGGUUGAAGAAGGAGUUCGGUGCUCCUCGACGGACUGUCAUUCAGGCGCUGGAAGACGGCGAGAUCAGUGAUAUCGAUGUCAUUCCGAACGAGGAAAUUAUUGUUCUUCUGACAGAGAGGGGUUAUAUAAAGAGGAUAAGGUCAGACGCUCUGGCGGCGCAGCGAAGGGGGGGGAUGGGGAAGACGAAGAGCAAACUGAAGGUAGACGACGCGAUGGCGUUGUCCUUUGCUUGUCGGGUGCAUGAUCACGUGCUGCUCUUUAGCGACAGAGGGGUGUUGUAUUCCCUGCGCGCUUAUCAGAUACCCGAACUGGGAAGAUCGUCGGGCGGCACACAUCUCGCGCAGUUGCUCUCUCUUCAACCGGGGGAGAAAAUCACCUCCCUUCACCCUGUCUCCCAAUUCUCCGAGGACGAGUACCUGGUCAUGCUCACAAGUGCUGGCUUCGUCAAAAGAACCCCUGUCUCUGCCUUCUCCAACGUCCGACAAACUGGACUAGCAGCUAUACAACUCACACCUGGCGACGAGCUGAAGUGGGUUCGCCGGUUUGUCAAGGGUGAUUGGGUAGCCAUUUCCUCCAAAAAGGGGUACUGCGUGAAAUUUGACCCUGCCGACGACCAGCUCCGAUCUAGUAGCAGAUUGUCAAGAGGAAGCAGAGCCAUGCGGUUAAAAGAUGGUGACUCAGUCGCCGCCGUAGAUAUCAUCCCAAGAGCUAUGGCUAUGGCGGACGAGGAUUUCAAUUCAUUCCCUUCUUCUUCUUCGUCGUCGUCGUCGUCGGAUCGGGAUCGGGAUCCUCGUGGUCGAGAUCCUAUGGUAUUGGUUGUCACCCGAUCGGGAUAUGGUAAGCGGACGAGAUUGAGCAACGUGCCUAUGCGAAAGCGAGGGCAACUGGGUGUGAUCCUGCUGAAGUUUCGGCAGGGAGAUUCUCUCGCGGCAAUGCGUGUUGUGGGAGGAGAGGGAGAAAGGGAGGAGGAGGAGGAGGUCGUGAUUGGCAGUGAGUUGGGAGUGUUGAAUCGCGUCAGAUUGUCAGAUAUUCCUGUGUAUAAAAGAUCGUCUGCAGGUGUGCGUCUUAUGAGGAUAGCAGAGGGCGACAGUGUGAACACGGUCACCAUUGUACCUCGAUCUAGUGACAGCAAAGCCGGCGAUCCGACGGCCGAGGUGCGUGUUUUACCGGACCAAGAAGACGGGGCCGUGCUUUCCUCGGAGGAUUCGUCAGAUGAUGAUACAGGAGAAGUGGAUGAAGAAGAGGAGGAGGAGGAGGAGGAGGAGGAGGAGGAGGAGGGAGGAGUGCAAAAGAAGAGGGGAGAGAAUGUGGAACACGGAGUUUUGGCGGGAGCUGAAACGACAGCGACGACGACGAAGCUGCAACAGACGGGGAUUGCCUGACAGCCAGGAUUUAAAUAAGAAAAGCGAUGGAACCAAGAGACUGAAAGAGGAAGAGAAGAAGGAGGUGGAAGAAGGGGAGGGGAGGGAGGGGAGAGAGGAAGAGAGAGUGAAGAGAGAAUGAGCAGGAAGUUUUUGCGGGAGUGAAAAGGACGACGGCGAAGCUGCAGCACACAGGGAUUGCCUGAUAGGUAAGAUUCGAAUAAGAGAAAGCAGAGGGGUUCUCUUGCCUCCACGUGGCCACAAUUCUGAGAUUGGAGGCAGCUACCUGCUGUGCUGUGUGUUGACAGCUGGAGCUCUACUGUCUUGACAUGUGGAAGUGGCGUCAUCCCCAAGGCGCCGGGGGGGGGGAGAGGGGGAGGAGGAGGAAGACGUGAGAGGAGGGGAGGGAGGGGAGGGAGGAAAAGAGAUUGAAGAGAGAAAAUGAGGAGCAAGAAGUUGUCGCGGGAGUUGAAACGACAAAUGAAAAGGACGGCGGCGAAGCUGCAGCACACAGGGAUUGCCUGACAGACAGGAUUCGAACAAGAGAAAGCAGAGGGGCUCUCUCUCUUGCCUCCACGUGGCCGCCAUUCUAACGUUGGAGGCAGCUACCUGCUGUGUGAUGACGAGUGGAGCUCCUCUGUCUUGAUUCUGUCUUGACACGUGGACGUGGCGUCAUCCCCAAGGCGCCGGGGGGGGGGGGGGGGGGGGGGGGGGGGGGGGGGGGGGGGGGGAGGGAACGGGAGUGGUGAAGAGGAGGGAGUCAUGAUUUGAUCUGUUGGUGAGGAGGAGGAGAAUUCCAACUGAGCGUGAAGGGUAGGCGAUUUCGUGUGAUCUACAACAGUGCGAGGGGUGUAGAUCGCUGCGGCGUUGUCGUAGGCUUGGUUCUCUCUCCUCCUUUCUGUAGCUUUUUCCUUUUUUGGGUUCGUACCCUUGACGUUGUCCACUUCAACUCCUGUCAUCAAUGCUGAGGGUAUGGAGAAGGAAUGUGUGAAUGGUAUGAAAUCGGUCUGAUCGGCCUUGCCUUUGCGGGCUUACUGCCUAAGUGAUUGGAGGGUGAAGAGGGGGGCAGCAGAAGAGGAGGAGGAGGAGGAGAAUGGGAGGAGGAGGAGGAGGGGCAAGAAGCUUGGCCGGAGAAGGAAGGAACAUGUGAAAAGAAUAGCGUUAGAAUCUGACGAUGAUGAUGAUGAUGAUGAUGAUGAUGAUGAUGAUGAUGGGGUUUGUGUUUGUGGCUUUGCUGCCAUGUCAUGGGAGGUAGGGUCCACGUCAUUGUCAUUCUUAAUGAGGAAAUGAUCUCCUUUGUCAUGAUGAUGAUGGGGUUUGUGUUUGUGGCUUUGCUGCCAUGUCAUGGGUGGUAGGGUCCACGYCAUUGUCAUUCUUAAUGAGGAAAUGAUCUCCUGUGUCACAUGAUGUGUGACCGCGGAUGCCCGCGUAGGGUUCUGGUCGUGGUUCAGAGGAGGGUGCGCAAGCAGAGCGGACAUGGAGUAGGCACUUGAAGACAGAGGAGGGGGAGAGGGAACGAGGAAGGGAGGGUGACACUCAUAUGGAGAGGAUGGACGGGGGAACAAGCAAGGGCAAUGUGAAGAGGAAGAGUGGGGGACGGACAUUAGAGAGAAAAAAUGGAUGGGGAAUACUACGCUAGCGUACUGUUGCUCAUUCGUCUUUCCAGGGCUGUUUUAUGCGACUUCGACACAACGAUUUUGUAGUCAAGGAUUCAUUUUUGGUCAGAUAACUGUAACUUAGCGACUCUGUUUUAUUUUGUCUUCGCAUCUUCUGACAAUUUUUUCUCUCCUCACCAGAGGUGGUCACUUGCUUCUGCACUUGGAAAAAUGGCAGGGGCAUGAUUGGUCUUAGUAUCUGCUGACAUCU